AUGGACGACGCAUACGUCCAUCUAGCAGAAUCAAUCCGCAAGAAUGCUGCCGCACACCCUAAAAGCCGCUACCUAGUAGCCGUCGCCGGCGUCCCAGGCUCUGGCAAAUCAACCACCGCCGAAACAGUUGUAAAGAUCCUCAACGAGCCAUCAACACACUCAAAUGCAUCUCCCGCACGCGCAGCACUCCUUCCAAUGGAUGGAUUCCAUCUCCCACGCUCCACACUAGACCAGCUCCCGAACCGCGAGGAGGCAUACAUCCGACGCGGAGCGCCGUCGACAUUCGACGCGGCCGGUUUUCUGCAAUUCAUGAAGAACUUACGCACCUGGGCCGAUAGGCCCGUCGGGAAAGACGCAGACUCGUCGUCAUCGGGAUCUCAGUCUGCGCGGUCACCGUCUUCGGGAAGCGAAACGGACGAAGACGCGGCCAUUUAUGCUCCGACGUUCGAUCAUAAGACAAAAGAUCCGGUCGAGAAUGGUGUAUGCAUUACCGAGGGUGUAUCGGUCGUGAUUAUCGAGGGGAAUUACCUGCUCUUGAAUGAGCCUCUGUGGAAGGAUGUUGCGCCACUGGUUGACUACCGGGUCUUUAUUGACGUUGAUCUUGAAGUAGCCAGGGACCGCCUAGCGAGACGGCAUGUUGCAGCAGGCAUCGAGAAGACGUUGGAAGACGGGUUUCGAAGAGUGGAUGCCAAUGAUUAUCUCAAUGGGCUGACUAUACUUGAGAGACGGAUCGAGCCGGACAUGAUUGUCUCUAGUGUUCAGUCUACAUAG